CAAUAGCCUUUGCAUUCGUUGUUGGUACUCUCUCUGUGUGUGUUUUCGAGCGGCGCGCGAACCUCAUCUUUUCCGCAUUGAUACCAACAAAAACACAUUUAUUGCAAUAAAGCUGCGUUUGGUGGCGUCGUUUGUUUAUUUUUUACUAACUAAAAACAAACGGGGCAACAACAAGAAGCUCUCAAGCUCCAUACAAACUCGCGUUACGUUACAGCGUUUUACGUUGCGUUGCGCUGUUACGUUGAUACUCGCCGUAAGCUAAAGAAUCGGUAACAAAAAAAAAUUUAAUUAAAAAAGAAGAAAAGAUUUUUCAAUAAAUUUAACGUGUGGCGUCUGACAAACGGCUCCCACGAUUUGCUCCUUCUCCCACUAUAACAAUUACAUUCAUAUGUGUGUGUGUGUAUAUAUAUGUGCAUAUGUACAAUAAUCAAUACAACGUACAUACAUACAUAGAAUAAACGACGAAUGCUAGUUGGAACUGGCUUUCAACUUAUUUUAGCCAAGAAAUUAUCGUAGUGUGUGUGUGAAGUGCAUAAGAAGAAUAAGUAGCAGCCGCAAAGGACAUUGCUACAAACAUUUAUUAAAAAACAUACAUUUAUCCAACGGGGACUCCUACGUACAGGAAUCGGCCGGAACUAUGGAACAUUUCCAUCAAAUACAGCAAACAAUUCAACAAUAUCAGCAGCAACUGGCUGCGCAGCAACAACAACAAGCGGCGGUGCAACAACAGCAAUUGCAACAACACCAAGUGGUUGUGCAGCAAAAUCAACAACAGGCACAUCAAAAUAGCUCCAAUACCACCGCUGGCGUGGGCACCCAACAGCUAUUCACAUAUAAAAUGGCAAGCAGUUUCCCCAAUCCAGCCACAACAAUGGCCCAAGUGGUUGCCACCUCGAAUGCGGCCACAACCGGCUACGAUUAUCGUUUAAAUAUGGCGCAAGCCGCUGCUGCUGCAGCGGUGCCCGGAUCACAGUGGUGGUACUCGGCUGCCAAUCAGGGUCAGGUGGAUGCCAACACAGCCGCACAGCUGCAACAGCAGCAGCAACAACAGCAGCAGCAACAGCAGCAACAACAGCAGCAGCAGCAGCAACAACAACAGCAGCAACAGCAACAGAUGCAACAACAGCAGCAGCAACAGAACGUUAUCAACUCGGCAGGCAGCCCCAUGGUCCGAGGUGGCAAAGCUGAUGCAAAGCCCAGAGGCCGCAUGACCGCCUAUGCCUACUUUGUACAAACUUGCAGAGAGGAGCACAAAAAGAAGCAUCCCGACGAGACCGUCAUAUUUGCAGAAUUUUCACGGAAAUGUGCUGAGAGAUGGAAGACCAUGGUCGACAAGGAGAAGAAGCGUUUCCAUGAGAUGGCUGAAAAAGACAAGCAGCGAUAUGAAACGGAAAUGCAAAACUAUGUGCCGCCCAAGGGCACAGUUGUGGGCCGUGGCAAGAAGAGAAAACAAAUCAAGGACCCGAAUGCGCCAAAACGUUCAUUGUCUGCGUUCUUUUGGUUCUGCAAUGAUGAAAGAAAUAAGGUCAAGGCUCUGAAUCCGGAAUUUGGUGUUGGCGAUAUUGCCAAAGAGCUGGGACGCAAAUGGUCCGAUGUGGAUCCCGAGGUCAAGCAAAAGUACGAAUCGAUGGCCGAGCGAGACAAGGCACGAUAUGAGCGGGAAAUGACCGAGUAUAAGACAAGCGGGAAAAUUGCCAUGUCAGCACCCUCAAUGCAGGCCUCAAUCCAGGCGCAGGCUCAAGCUGUGCAGAAAGCCGCGUUACUUGCAGCCGCUGCGCAGCAACAACAGCAUCAGCUGGAUGAGCAGCAUGACGAUGACGAUGGUGAUGGCGAUGAUGAUGAGAAUCAAUAGAUCUAGCAGUAAAAUUAAAUACUCUUCACUAUUUAUACACACUAAAUCCGUUGGUCAUCACGAACAAGGAAACAUAGAAGCAGCGGAUCGCGGAUCUAUUCUCAGGUCUCGGCCGUUGUGUGUUGAACAUAUAUAAAUAUAUACACUUGAGUAU